AUGUGCGACGAAAUUUAUGCAAAUGCUGAAGUUACUACAGAUCAAAGAUUUAAUUUAGAGAGCGACAAAAAUUCCUAUGACAACAUUUAUAUAAAUGAGGACGAACUGCAGACUGGCAGCACCAGAAGUGACCAGAAUAAGAAGAACUCAGGCUGUGAAACUGCAGGAAGCAGAUUAUACAGAGGUAUUACAGUGGGCUUGUUACUGCUCUGUGUUCUCCUGCUGGUCGUCAUCAUUGUGCUGGCUGUAAGGAACAAAAACCUGACCAUAGAGAACGACCAGUUACAGACCAGUUACAAAGACCUGAUCAAAGAGAAAGUCCAGUUACAGACCAGUUACAAAGACCUGAUCAAAGAGAAAGACCAGUUACAGACCAGUUACAAAGACCUGAUCAAAGAGAAAGACCAGUUACAGACCAGUUACAAAGACCUGAUCAAAGAGAAAGAGCAGUUACAGAAGGAGAAUUAUAAAUGUGUCGUUUCUAACCUUGAACAAAUGUGGAGAUACAAGUUCGGCUCCAGUCUCUACUACUUCUCUCCUGGGAGGAAAGACUGGACAGAGAGCAGGAAGGACUGCAGGGACAGGAACGCAGAUCUGGUGAUAAUAAACAGCCUAGACGAACUGAACUUCAUCAUGGAGAAUCUUGUCUGUGAACAUGUAUGGGUUGGUCUAAGUCAGGCCCCCAAUGAGGGAAAAUGGACAUGGGUGGAUGGUACAGAACUAAACACAAACUCUGAGUACUGGAGUAGCGGACAACCAGAUAAUCAUAAAAACAGUGAGGACUGCGGUGAGGUUUGGAAUACCGCAACAAUGACUAAACUGAAUGACAGGAACUGUUCUUACAAACAAAUGUGGAUCUGUGAGAAGAGUGCUCCUUAG